AUGCCAUCCAUUGAUCGGAAAUGCUCACUUUCGUCUUGUGGUAGACCGGCACCGAACGUGGAUGAUGUGCUGAGCUUUGUCCUUUUGGCGUGCGUCGCAGGGCAGGACUCCAAAAAGGAGUGCAUGAAGUGGUGGAAGAAGGCUGUACUUCUUACAAAAAAACUUGGCCUUAACUCAGAAGAACGAAUCAUGGAGCAUACAUCAUCACAGCGCAGUCUACUGGCGGCUCGAGAAGAUCAAGAGGAAUGUCGAAGAACCUUCUGGCUGGUGUACGCACUGGAUAGACACCUAGCCCUUCGUUUUAAUGAGCCAUUGCACAUCCAUGACUCUGACUGUCAAGUCCUGAUUCCGUUGCCAGAAUGGGUUUGGCAGAAUUUUGACACCAUUCCAGUGGAAGGGCUGCCUUACAGGCUCUAUGGUCCGCCCAUGCACAUUUUAGGCGCUGGGUUUUUCGAAUCCUUCCUUCCCCUUAUGGCAACAUUGGGCUGUAUUAUCAAUCUUCGCUUAGGACGAAGUUUCGACAAGGUACAUCUAGCCACAUGCAUCAAAAAGGCGCUCAGCCGCCAUGAAGAAAACCUCGAGAACUUGCGCCUCGCACAGAAUCCUGACGCGACGAUAAUCUCCGCCAGGUCGCCUCAUGUUUCGUCAGUCUUACCAUUACUGUGUGGUACUUUCAGCAACCUCUCACAACCGAUAUUCCCACGUGAGGAUAGGAUGGACUUGGUGAUCGUGUAUUGCGAGUGCAUAGUUCAUGUUCUGCACGUUCUUCUUUACAGGACAUGGGAUGCAACUGCAAUGUGGACCGCACAGGAUUACGGUAGCUGGACCACGUCGUCUGAAGAGCUCGCAUGCGCAGCACGCUCCAUGGCAGCAGCGGAAUCCGUCGCACAGAUUUUGGAAUUGGACAAGGACCUAUUAUUUCUGCCAUUUAUGGUCCCCAUAUAUCUCUUCCACGGGAGCUUGAGCUUUCUAACGCUCAGUGAUCCCAGAGUCCUAAAUCCCUCCGAGCGAGAGGCCUGUGAGGUUAUGAUCCGUGCGCAUGAGGUGUCAUUGAUGACAUUCAAAACAUCUUUUCAGCAUGGUCUAUGUCGAGAGCUUCGGUCCAUGCUUUACAGCGCUCAAAACGAGGCACUGCUAGAUGAUUCUGACUUGGAAACGCUGAUGUCAUGA